ACGGUUUUUAGCGCGGACGGUUUGUAGUCUCUGUUACUGUGAUAUCGUGUAGACUUUAUUCGAUGGCUCUCUUCACUCCUACGAACCAAAAACGGUUGACUAACAUAUCUGUAGUUCGCCUUAAAAAAGGUGGUAAUCGUUACGAGUUGGCAUGUUACCCAAACAAAGUGCAAGCUUGGCGAGACAAGCUUGAAACAAAUUUAGAUGAAGUUUUACAGGCUCAUUGUGUCUUCACGAAUGUCUCAAAAGGUCAGUUCGCUAACAAAAAGGAAAUGUAUGUACAUUUCCGCACAGAAGAUGAAAGACAAAUAAUAAAGACAGUAGGCUAUCGUUAUAAUAUCCCAAGUUUUCAGAUACUAGAACAUGGAGAAUUACAACUCACAGAAAAGGAACGCCUUGUAGGACAACAGGCUUUGUUUAGAGAUGUGGCUAAAAUAGUGUCUGAAAGGUGCGUAAACCCUGAAAACAACCGGGCGUACACUGUCACGAUGAUAGAGAAGAUGAUGAAAGAUUGUCACAUAUCCCUGAAGGCUAAUAAAAGUGCUAAACAGCAUGCUUUAGAGGUAAUUAAACAAUUACGGUCGGCUCCUGGAUUUAAAAUUGCUCCUUCAAUGAUGGAAGUAAAUAUUACCAUACAGAAAGACUCAUGUGAACCUGUUAUCGAGAGACUUUUGCAACUAUGCAAUGAUAUCAUACAGCAAAGUGAAUCACCCGAAGGACUUUACGACUUGACCGCUGUUGUUGAACCUGAGAAAUAUGGCUCUAUUGAAACACUUCUUCACAACGAAAUAAAGGGUAAAUAUUCCAUAGAAAUUUCCGAUGGUACGAAGUGUAGUCACAAAGGACUCACAAAUUUAAACUCUGCUAUAACAGUAAAAACAGAAGUUGGGGAAAGAAAAGUUGUGAAAAAUGUUCCAGAUAAAAAUGUUUCAUCGCAGUUGAAUGACAAUAGGAUUACUCAGUCAUCUGAAGCCUCAGUUUCUGUCGAAAAGAAAGGCAAAAAUACGUCCAAGAGAAAGAAUAAAAAAGGUUCCAAACGUAAUGAUGAUUGGUCUGAUGACUAAUCUAGCUGAUUGUUGUGAUGUUAACUUAGUCUUCAACCAGUCGGAUUUAUAGUGAUUUGUUUUCUUCUCUACCCUUAAUGUGUAUCAUAAAUUAAUAAAGUCAAUUUUUUAUGCUCUGA